AUGGCGCGGCCUGCGGAGAUUUUCCCGCCGCUUUUGGACCGUUUGAACGCUCCGCACCCGUCGGUGCAGCGAUUUACUGUAGACGCCAUCUUCGCGCGAUUCAAGGCGCCGAGCACGGCGCCGCAAACCUGCGCGCCCGCGCGCGAGGCGCUGACGGCGUGCCUGACUCAUGCCACGUCAGCCGUGGUGGACCAAUCCGUAACGGCGCUUUGCGGGCUCGUCCAAUCAGGGCACUGCAAGGCGGAUGAAGCGCUGGCGCAUCUGCUGGCGGCGCUGCCAGCAGUGCGGGGGGAGGUGGUGGGAAGUGUGUGCGCGGGGGUGGUCGGGAUGUACGUGGCGUGCGUCAGGGCUGACGUGGCCUGUGCUAAGGGUGACGUGGCGCCUGCAAGUGCCCUCCUCCCCGCCCCCUCCCCGCCCUCCCGCCUCCGCUUCAAGGCCGCCCUCCACACGCGAUUGGUCCACGUGGCUGCCACGUCAGCAGACCUGUUCCAGCCAAUCACGGCGCUGCUGGUGUCGCUGCUUCCAUGGCACAUGCUGUCGUCAGCAGUGAUCCCCCAAAGCAACCAACCACACCAAUCCCACCACAGCCACCAUCCACACUCGCUCCCCUCCCUCGCCACCCGCCUCUCCGCCUGUGCUCUCGCGCUCUCCCUCGAGCUCCAAGCCGCAGGCACCACCACCGCUGCUGGUGCGUCUUCUGCUGCUGCUGCUGCGGCUCCCAGUGCUGCUGCCUGUGCUGCUGCGGGGCUGCCCUCUUGCCUCUUCCUCGUUCAAAAGGCCUCUCUGCUGCGAGCGCGGAUUGACUGUCAGAGAGAGGAGGGAGAGAGUGAAAAGGAGGAUGUGGGGAGAAGAGAAGGGGAAGAUUCCAGCAUGCGUGUGGGACAGCUGGGAGGCGUCGUAGGAACGAGAAGGAUGGGAAGAGAAAGUUGGGAGUCGGAGGAAGCGGAGCAGCAGAGGGGUGGGGAAGGGGAUGCAGUAGAGGUGGUGGGGUUGCUGCGCCUGCUGCUCUGCGGGCUACCAGCAGACGAAGACCACAUCGCUGUGCUCGCAGUGCUACAGCAGACCCUCUCCAAGCUGAAUCGUGAAGCCGCCUCGUCUUGGCACAAAGGCACACGUGGCAGUGCUUUUGAGUCGACUCAAAUGCAGCAGACCCUUUCCAAGCUGAAUCGUGAAGCUGCUGAAGCCGCUGAAUCGUCUGGGCACAAAGGCACACGUGGUGGUGGCGGUACACAGAGCGCGGCUCCUCUGCUGCUGCAGCCGGCCCUUUCCAAGCUGAAUCGUGAAGCUGCUGAAGCCGGUGAAGCCGCCUCGUCUGGGCUCAAAUGCACUGGCAGUGGCGGCACACAGAGCGCUGUUCCGCUGCUGCUGCUGCCGCUCCUCCACCUACUUUCCUUCCCGUCGCCUGCCCUCAAGCAAGCUGCAGCACGGGCUAUCAAUGCCUGCCUCGCUGCUACUGCCACUGCCACUGCCACUGCCACUGCCACUGCCACUGCCACUGCCACUCAGCCUCUCCUCUCCUCGUCCCUGUCGCCCUCUGCUGGAUCUGCCAGUAGUAAGCAUGCUGCAUCAGACCAGCAGCAGCUGUGGCACAUGCGGCAGCAGCAGCAGCAGUGGAGACACGCAGACCUCUGGCACACACGUCAGUACGCCCACCUCUUCACCUGCCUCACCUCCUCCCAGCCUCAUACAUUUUCCUCUCGCUAUCCAGUCGCAAUCGCCUCGGCCCAACGGCAGCGUGGCACGUGGCACUCGCCGGAAACCUGGGCAAAUGAGCCUGUGCCACGUCAGCAUGACCUCGCUGGGUCCUCCCCAAGCGCAGACGUGGAUGAUGAGCUUGCUGACGUGGCAAAGUCGCUGGCGCUUUCAGACGGGAGAAGCACGCUGGCAGGAGCACCAGGUGGGGUGCAUGGGUGCCACGUGUCAGGCUCUAAUAGGUGGCUUCUGGCGCUACAGCAGCAGCUGAAUCAGAUCCGGAAAGAGACAGUGAGAAAGGCAGGGAGGGAAACAUCAGCAGGCAUCGGCAUGAGUCAAUCUCUGAUCCUCUCACUCGCAGCUCUCCUCCUCCCACUCUCCACCCUCCACCCCUCCCCCUCCCUCCGCUCCUCCUCCCUCCUCUCCCUCUCCCGCCUUGCCUCCUCAAGCCUGGGCCAUCACGGAUCGCAUCUUCCCCUCCCUGCAGCCGCUGCUGCUGCCGCUCGUGCUCCUCUUACCCUGUUCCCUCUAUUUUCCCUCCCUCCUGCCCCGUCCACUCCCCUCCCUUCAGUCUCCUCGCGUCUGUGGCUCUGCGGCUGCUGCAGCAAGCCUGGGCCAUCACCGACCACAUCUUCUCUCUCUCUCCCCACCUUUCCCUUUUUCGCUUUCCCCCCCUCCAGUCUUCUCGCAUCGGUGGCUCUACGGCUCCUCCAACAGGCCUGGGCCAUCACCGACCGCAUCUUCCCCUCCCUGCAGCCGCUGCUGCUGCCGCCCUCCCUCUCCCUCCCCAAAAGCAUAAGAAUAACCAACACCAGCAGCACAGCUAGCAGUGAUGUGGGGGGAGGAGAGGUGAUGGUGCUGGCAGCAGCAGCGAGCAUACGGGGAGCCACGACACGGACCGGGCAGUGCGGCUGGUGCUGUCAGUGCAGGCGGCUAUCGAGUCACCAAGCCCUCUUGUUGCUGCCUUGGGUCUCGACGCCCUCGCUGCUCUCUGUGCUGCUGAUGCCGUGGGCUGCUAUCGAGUCACCAAACCCUCUCGUUCCUGCCUUGGGUCUUGACGCCCUUGCUGCUCUCUGCACUGCUGAUGCUGUGGUGCAGGCUGCUCUCAAGUCGCCAAGCCCUCUUGUUGCUGCCUUUGGCCUCGACGCGCUUGCUGCUCUCUGUACUGCUGAUGCUGUGGUGGUUUCCCGAUCACACCCCUCCCUGCCCGCGCAUCCAAUCACGGCCGCCCGCUGGUGCCACCUGCUGCAAUCCGCUGCUCUCGACGCCGCGGCCUAUCCCGACGCGACACGUGGCAUCAUGGAGGGCCUGUGGGAAGCUGCCAGGAAAGGGAGGGAGGGGGAGCUGAUAGAAGGAGGAGGGGGAGGAGGGGGAGAAGGGAAGAGGGAAUGGAGGCAGACUCGUGCUGCUGCGUUUACUGCACUUGCUGCGUUCACGCUGGAUGACGUCACAGCCACAUGGCCCAGCACCCACCUCGCGCUAUCCUUCCUCUCAGAGCUCUGCCCUGCUGCGCGCCAACCCAUGCUGCCCCUGCUCUCCCAACAGGUGGAUGACGUCACAGCCACAUGGCCCUACCCCAGCACCCACCUGGUUCGAGCCUUCCUCUCAGAGCGCUCUCGUUUUGUUCGCCAAUCCAUGCUGCCCCUGCUCUCCCAACAGGUGGAUGACGUCACAGCCACAUGGCCCUACCCCAGCACCCACCUGGUUCGAGCCUUCCUCUCAGAGCGCUCUCGUUUUGUUCGCCAAUCCAUGCUGCCCCUGCUCUCCCAACAGGUGGAUGACGUCACAGCCACAUGGCCCUACCCCAGCACCCACCUGGUUCGAGCCUUCCUCUCAGAGCGCUCUCGUUUUGUUCGCCAAUCCAUGCUGCCCCUGCUCUCCCAACAGGUGGAUGACGUCACAGCCACAUGGCCCUACCCCAGCACCCACCUGGUUCGAGCCUUCCUCUCAGAGCGCUCUCGUUUUGUUCGCCAAUCCAUGCUGCCCCUGCUCUCCCAACAGGUGGAUGACGUCACAGCCACAUGGCCCUACCCCAGCACCCACCUGGUUCGAGCCUUCCUCUCAGAGCGCUCUCGUUUUGUUCGCCAAUCCAUGCUGCCCCUGCUCUCCCAACAGGUGGAUGACGUCACAGCCACAUGGCCCUACCCCAGCACCCACCUGGUUCAAGCCUUUCUCUCAGAGCCCUCUGCUGCAGUACGCCAAGCCAUGCUCCCCCUGCUUACCAAACUGGCUGACUAUCAACACAGGACCCGACCCCGGGGUCGGAGGGCUGUGGUGCUGGGAGGAGGAGAGGGGGCAGAGGGUGACGUGGCGUCUGCUGCCACGUCAGCCGGUGCGCCUGGUGCCGCCACGUGGCGGUCGAACAAGCUCCUGGCGGCGCUGCCCCGGCUGUUGUGUCCAGAGAGCUUCGGCGGCCGCAAGGGAAAAGACGGACUUGAUGUACCUGCUGCCGCCUUGCUGCUGGUGCCGCCACCACCGCCAGAGCCGCUGUCAGGCGCAUCUGCUGGCAGUGCCAGGCAGGCGCGGGUAGACCUGGAGAAGGUGGGGACUGGGGCUCUCAAGGAAAGGGAUGCGCACUUCCACCGCAUCUUCCUGGAAGCUUCUCAGUCUCUCAGCCGCCCGGCCUUCUUCCCGCUGGUGCUCUCCUCUCUCGCCGCCUGGACCCACUUCAUGCGCCAAUGGUAUCGCGCCAGGUGUCGCCUCCUGCACGCCACAGCCUCCGCCUCCCCUGCUGGUGGUGCUGCUACAGCUGCUGCAGCAGUGGGAGGGGGAGCAGCAGGGGGAGGGGGAGCAGGGGGACCUGUUCCCCCAGGCGACGUGCCGGCAGCAGCAGCAAGGGGGCUAUGGUCAACAGUAACCCAAGGGUUUGACAGCGGUAUUCCAGUGCAGGCAGAGAACAGUGCUCUCGCCCUCGCCGCUCUCUGCCAAGCCUUGCCGCCCGCCCUCCACCCCCUUGUCGCCUCUGCAGCUGAUCUGCUCCGUGGGCGGCUCAAAGAUGGGGGGACCGGGGGAGGGGGCGGGGGGGAGGCGGGGGAAGGGGAAGAGGAGAGAGGGGGAGGGGGAGGGGGAGGGGGAGGAGGAGGGGGGAGGAGAGGGGGAGUGGGUGGGGAAGGGAGGGGGGUGGGUGGUGCAGGGUGGGUGGCGGUGAGUGGGUGGGCGGAUGCUCUAGCACUGGGGGCUGUGGGAGCGUGCCUUCAUGCUACGGAUGCCCACAUGCGCCUCAGGAUUGCCAUUCUGCUCACCAAGGAUUGCCAUUCUGCUCACCAGGGUAAAGGUCUUACCCUGGUGAGCAGAAUGAUUUUUCUCUGGCACCCCUCUUACCACUUUCUCUCGUCCCCUAGCCACUUGCUCCCACCUUCCUGCUACUUCCUCACACCCUUCUGCCAUUUCCUCUGUCAUUCCUCCAGCCACUGCCACCUGCAUUGGUGCCACUGUGUCCCGCGCCCCAGCCACUGCCACUCGCCCUGCUUCCACUACAUCCCAUGCUCCAGCCAUUGCCGCUCGCCCUGCUGCCACUGCAUCCCACGCUCCAGCCACUGCCGCUCGUUCUGCUGCCAUUGCAUUCCACGCUCCAGCCACUGCCGCUCGCCUUCUGCUGCCAUUGCAUUCCACGCUCCAGCCACUGCCGCUCGCCCUGCUGCCAGUGCCACAGUGGCUGGGGCGUGGGGUGCAGUGGCAGCAGGGCGAGCGGCAGUGGUUGGAGCGUGGGGUGCAGUGGCAGCAGGGCGAGCGGCAGUGACUGGAGCGUGGGAUGCAGUGGCAGAAGGGCGAGCGGUAGUGGCUGGAGCGUGGGGUGCAGUGGCAGCAGGGCGAGCGGCAGUGGCUGGAGCGUGGGGUGCAGUGGCAGCAGGGCGAGCGGCAGUGGCUGGAGCGUGGGAUGCAGUGGCAGCAGGGCGAGCGGUAGUGGCUGGAGCGUGGGAUGCAGUGGCACCAGUGCAGGUGGUAGUGGCAGGAGGAAUGGCAGAGGAAAUGGCAGAAGGGUGUGAGGAAGUAACAGGAAGGGAGCUGGCGCAGGUUCUGAAGAAGCUUCCUGGGGAGAUGGGGCGGGCGGUCACUGUAGCAUUGGCAGAGGCAGAGGGGGGAAAGGGGGAGGUUGGAAGGGGGGAGAGCGAGGGAGAAAUGGGAUUGGAUGUGGGAGGAGAUGAAGGGGAGGAGUGGGGUUUGGGGGGAGCGUUAUUAGGCCUUGCUGUUCUCACCACUUCUUUCACCUCUUCCCCCUCCUCCUCCUCCUCUUCCUCUCCUUCCUCCUCUUCCUCUCCUUCCUCCCCUUCCUCCCCCCACCUCGCCCUCCUUUACUCCUUCGCUUCCCUUCUCUUCCAAUGGACCCAAGCCUUUGCCCACUCGCUGACAUCAAACCAGAAUGUAUGUUCCCCAGGCAAACCUUCCUCAGUUGUACCUCCCCCGCUAGUGGACGGAUGGGGCGACCCCAUCGCCCCACCCACCCCGCCAUCUUCUCUGGACUCUCCCUCGGCCAAUUAUGUGCCGCCACCUGUCCUCGCAGCAGCAGCUGCGCUGGCACUGCCCUUGAUAGCAGAGUGUGGGGUGAGGGGGGGGAGAGAGGCCGGGGGAGGGGGAGGGGGAGGGGGAGGGGGAGGGGGAGGGGGAGGGGGAGGGAGAGGAGGAGGGGGAAUGCUAGAGAGAGAGGGAAUGGGGGGUAUACCAGUGGAGGAGGGAGGUGGGGAAGGGUCCUUCUCCAAGCCUUUCAAGUGGUCACAGGAUGAACGGAUUGAGGAGAAACAGAUGACUUUUGAGGCGCCUCAAAGAGACCCUUAUGGCGCUUAUGCCGAAGCAGACUGUACGGGAGCAGCCAACACCGCACCAGCAGCAGCAGCAGCAGGCACCGGGGCAGCAUCUCGCGGCCCUCCCCCGGUGUUCCUCUCUGCAGUGUCACUCUCUCUAGCUGCCAUGGUGCAUGCCUCCCUGUGCUCUGACGUUGCCUUGCCUCUUGGAGCUAUCACUGACGUCCUCUCUCCCCUGCUGGCUGCUGUCAAAGGGGAGAAGGGAACCGGCUCUGCUGCUUCUCCUGCCACUGCUUCUGCUGGUUUUAAAGCUGCUUCUGCUGCUGAACCUGCUGCUUCUGCCGCUGCUGGUUUUGUUACUGAUUCUGCACCAUCAGCGGGACUGCUACCCAGCAGUGUGAGGGGAGCAGCAGGCAUGGCAGUGGCAGCACUGCUAGGGGCGCCUCUGCUUCUCACCCCCCUCCCAGCCCACCGUACACAGCAGCACCCUCCUUCUGCCUCUGCUAUCUCUGCUUCCGCUCCUGCUCCUGUUGCUCCUGCCGCUGCCGCUGCCGCUGGUGCUGGUGCUACAACUAAUCCUGCUGCUGCCGGCGCUGCUACCACUGUCACAACCAGUGGCGCCAGCUCAGCAGCAGCCAAUCAGAUCCUGGUGAUUGGCCCACUGCUCUUCUCCCCGAGCGACGCGGUCCAAUCAUCCGUCAGGGACGCUCUGCAGUCAUUGGUCGAGGCGUACCGGCGCGACUGCCACGUCAGCGUCAAGCGCCAGGCUGGCUGGGCGCUGGCGCUCUGUGUGGAAGCUUCCCGGAAACUCUCAGGCGAAGGGGACGAGGAGGAGGAUGAGGAUGAGGAGGAGGAGGGUGGGGGGUGGGGAGGAGUAGCAGGAGGAAGAGGGGGAGGAGGGAGAGGAGGAGGGGGUGCGGGGAGGAGGGGAGGGGGAGAGGAGAAGCAGUGGUUGCUGAAUCAACUCCCUGCUGAUAAUGUGCUGCGGCUGCUGUCAUCUUGGCUGCUAGAGAGGAGUCUGCACGUGGGGGCAGGAGCGGGCAGCCUGUGGGACACUGCCAGCGUGCCAGCUGUCGCGUCCUCAUUGGCCCUCCUCGCCCACGCCCCUCGAAUCCCCUCCCUGGACUGGCCCUCCAUCCUUCACCGCUUCAUCCGCCGGGUCUCUGUGACCCCCCCCGCCUCCCAUGCUGCUCUGCUGCUGUUCCCUCCCUCCACUGCUGCUUCAGCAGCGGCAGCAGGGCCACUGGGAGGAGGGUCUGUAGAGGCAUCAGUAGCAGGAGGGAUUUCAGCAGCAGCAGGAGCAGCAGCAGAUGCAGACAAACUACGCUGUGCGUGCCUCCACUUCGCCGCCCACCGCGGGAUCGUCCCCUUCCUCGAUGACCUCACCGCUGACGUCAGCAGGCUCGUCCAGCUGGCGCCGGCGGUGCAGCGAGCGCUGCUGUCGCGACACCUGGCGGCCGUGGUGGGGCUUACCCACCUCCCCCGCCUCCCAUUCUCCCCAGCAGCAGUCCGCGCAGUCGCCAUGCGGCUCCACCUCCUGCGAAUCAACCCGCGCCACCUGUCCCUUGCUGACGUGGCGCCGUGCCGCGUGUUUCUCUGCGAGCACCCGCUGCCAGCAACCUACACGUGGCUACUGGUGGAGCUAGCGAGUGCCGUGGCAGCAGCACCAGAGGAGCAUCGCCUGCCCUUCCUCCUCGACACACUCGACUCCAUCCAAGUCGCUCGCCACCCCUGGACGGCUCUGCAGCUCUUGUCUCUCAUGCUCGCACGCCUCUCCCCCGACCGCCUUCUCCUCCCCACCAGCCAUUUCUCUGCUUCUGUGUCAUUACUGUUCCCAUCUUCCCGCCCCUUUCCCCCCUCCCCCAUCACCCUCCCUAAGCAGGCUCUGCAGCUCUUUUCUCUCAUGCUCGCGCGCCUCUCCCCCGACCGCCUGCUCCUCCCCACCAGCCAUCCCUCUGCCUCCAUGUCGUCACCUUCCCCUCAUCUCUGUCCCCUCCUGUCCCACCCUCCCCCUUCGCCCCUCCCUCCCAAGCAGGCUCUUCAGCUCUUUGCACUCAUGCUCGCCCGCCUCUCCCCCGACCGUCUGCUCCUCCCCACCAGCCCCACGGCAGCAGUCUUCCUCCUGCCGCACACCCUCCCUCCUCUCCUCUCCCAGCGUGGCCUAGCCGGCACUGUGGGAGCCAUAGUUUCUCGCUUCCAGUCGCUGCUGUCGUGGCUGUCAGAUGAGAAGGAGUGCCUGUUCUGGGAAGAUGGGGUUGAUCCAAGCCAUGGUAGUAGUAGCUAUCAGCGGGUGCAGGUGCUGAGGGGAGUGGUGGUGGAUGUGUUGUGGUCUCUGCGCCACCAUCUGCCCUCCCAUGCCUCGCUGCUGUCGUGGCUGUCAGAUGAGAAGGAGUGCCUGUUCUGGGAAGAUGAAACUGGUCCAAAACGUGGUGGCAGCAGCAGUGGCGGUACCAGUGGCGGAAGCAAUGAGCGGGUGCGGGUGCUGAGGGGAGUGGUGGUGGAUGUGUUGAGGGCUCUGCGCCACCAUUUGCCCUCACAUGCUGUUUCCAGUAUCUUUGCUGCUGUCAGAGGUGGCAAUAGCAGCAGCAGCAGCAGCAGCAGCAGCAGCAGCAGCAGCAGCAGCAGCAAUGAGAGGGUGCGGUUGUUGAGGGGAGUGGUGGUGGACGUGUUGAGGGCUCUUCGCCACCAUCUGCCCUCACAUGCCGUCUCCAGCAUCUGUCUCGCCAACGUGACAACGUCUUGUCGCAAGGAACUUGAGGCUCCGUAG